AUGGUAUUCGCAAACAGUGCACCGGACUGUAGAGCUAAACAAGGAGGGGUGAGACCUGUUGCGGUAGGCCAGGUAGACCAGCAGGGCCCGGUUCACCUGGCAAUCCAGAUGGACCAGGAUAGCCUCGUAAACCUGGUUGCCCGGUCUGUCCUGGAUUUCCAGGCUGACCAGGAUCCCCAGGAGGUCCUGUCCAACCUUUGUGUCCAGCAGGUCCGGGUUUACCUUGACGGCCAGGGGCUCCAUCAAUUCCUGGUCGGCCAGCAAACCCUUGAGGUCCAUCGUCCCCUCGUUCUCCAGGGGCACCAUCGGGCCCCGGUUCUCCAGCAUCCCCGCGGCCUCCACUUGGUCCUGUUGGUCCAGGAAUUCCCGGUGGUCCACUUGGACCAGGUGGUCCCUUCUCGCCGGCUGGACCUGGCUGUCCUUGCGGGCCUCGCUCACCAAUUAAACCUUGUUGACCCGGAGGUCCUGGUUCGCCUGCGGGACCCAUGGGGCCAACUUCUCCAUCCACCCCGUUUGGUCCUGGCUGUCCAGCUGGUCCAGAAAUUCCAGGCGGUCCUUCUUUACCAGCUGGUCCGGGCUUACCUUGAGGACCUGGAAUUCCCAUUGAACCUGGAGGACCCACAGGGCCUGGACGUCCUGGAGCACCCAUUUUGCCCUGAAAUUUAA